AUGGGUUGCACACUAAGUGCCGAAGAUAAAGCUGCCAUGGAGAGGAGUAAAAACAUUGAUCGGAAUCUGAGAGAAGCUGGCGAAAAGGCAUCAAGUGAAGUCAAACUGUUGCUUCUAGGUGAGUGUGCCAAUGUGACUGACAUUCGCAGUUAGUAUAUAAAUUAUAUGAGGUCUGAAGAGGGAGUCUGUCUAACUGAUCAAAUUACUGUUAUGUAGGGCUCAUGACUAGCUCUCGAAAACACUUCUCUGUAUUUAGGGUUUUCAGCGUUACAUUCGGCCCACAUUUGGCUCCAUAUGAACUACAAUUCCAAGGCUGUGUUUUAACAUGUUGAAAAGUCUAUAAUUAUCGCCUUCAAAACGGUUUUCGAAACAUAUGCUAUGCCCCUUAUCUUUUAUAUCAGUGAGAAAGAAUCUUUCAAAUAAAAAAGAUCAGUAGCAGUUUUGCACAGAUCCACAACCUGUGUGCCGCAAGUUGAUGAACUACACUUCCUCCCCAGCUAUGCUUACACACAUUUGUUCGAGCACCCUAGAUAGCUAAUUAUCAUAGGACAAGACCUAUAUCUUCCUUAAACAAGAGAUGUAACAUGGAGAUAUGGCUGUGUGGGAACAGUGUUUUAACCUUUUUAGUUUUUUGAAAAUUAUUUAUUGCUGAUAUGAAAGAUAUGUACCUUGUGUUUCCAAAAAAGUACCGCAAGCAAUAUGUGUUAAUGUUUAGAGCAAGCAUCUGGGCUCUUAACAAAACUUCCCCAGUCAGAAGAUACUAUGGUCAAUAGGCGCUAAAGCAGUUAGCGUCUAUGAAUGGGGUAGGCUCAUGACUAUCUGGCAAUGGUGAUUGUUGAACCUACUUCUUUGCUCAAAUGAAAUCUGUCAUGAUAAUUCAGUCUUCCACAGACUGCAUUAAAAAAACACUAGCGUUCAUGGUCAUGAUGUAGCCUGAUGUUUUCCCCUAGAUUCUCAGGGCAGGUGCAAAGACCCCAAAACGGUAGGGGGGUGUAGAACUGUCACAGAUGGAAUCGGCUGGUUCUGAGCUCUGACUGUGCAUGUUUGUUGUUAUAUCUCUACACAUUUAGUAGAGCUAAGGAUUUGAAACUUUGCUCCUGAUCUUAUGUCUCCCCUCUUUGCCUCUAAACAUUCCACUUCAAGGUGCUGGGGAAUCUGGGAAAAGCACAAUUGUAAAGCAGAUGAAGUGAGUACGUGUUUCAACCAUUUUGUGCACACCCAAAAGAAAAGAAGAAACUAGCAUUCUGUUUAUACCUUUUGACCGAUUAGGAACACGUGAAGUGCUGUAUCAGCUAGGAGCCUUUGAGAUAGGAUGUUAUCCAUGUCACAAGGCCUAGAUUAGAUGUUGACCGCAAGCACCAGUAAGAUGCACAUGUGAACCUUCUCUUCCUGCCCCCAGAAUUAUCCAUGAGGACGGGUACACACAGGAGGAGUGCAGCCAGUACAGGGUGGUGGUUUACAGCAACACCAUCCAGUCCAUCAUUGCCAUCAUCAGAGCCAUGGGCAGGCUGGGUAUAGACUUUGGGGACAAAGCACGAUCAGUGAGUCAGCUUGAAGAUUCUCUUACAUUCCAGUGCUCUUAUAACAGUGUAAUUAGUUUAAUAGGUUCUGUUAGAUUCAUUUACUAAUGUUUCCUUGUAAAAUGCCACAGUAAGUGUUGUUUAUAUUUAUGUUAUGACUACAAGGAAGUACAUACUUUACAAGAACAGUGAACAGAAUGAUCUGCUGGCUGCAGUGACAAUUUGUUCCAAAUCAAAUUGUAUUCGUCACAUGCUUCGUAAAAAACAGGUGUGGACUAACAGUGAAAUGCUUACUUACGGGCCCUUCCCAACAAUACAGAGAGAAAUAAUAGAAAAGUAAAACACAUAAUAAUAUAUACACAAUGAGUAACGAUUACUUGGCUAUAUACAAUGGGUACCAGCACAGAGUCGAUAUGCAGGGGUACGAGGUAAUCAAAGUAGAUAUGUACAUAUAACUAGGAAUAAAGUGACAGAUGGUAAACAGUUGCAGCAGUGUAUGUGAUGAGUCAAAAAAGUGAUUGCAAAAAGGGUCAAUGCAGAUAAUCCGGGUAGCUAUUUGAUUAACUAUUUAACUAACUAUUUAGCAGUCUUAUGGCUUUGGGGUAGAAGCUGUUCAGGGUCCUGUUGGUUCCAGACUUGGUGCAUCGGUACAGCUUGCCGUGCGGUAGCAGAGAGAACAGUCUGUGACUUGGGUCACAGUCUAGGAACAACAUGGAUGGUCAGCAUGUGAAGUAAAUCACUUGAAAACAGAUUCUGCACUGAACAUGUUGAUUUGGGAGUAGGGUUGGGGGGUAUACCGUAUAUACAGUAUCCCGGUGUAUUUUGAUAUACCAUCGGUAUGAUUUUCAUUCUUCAAUCAAUACUGUUUAAUAUUUAUUUUUUAUAUAAAUUUGAAUAGGAGUACUUUUUUAAAUAAAUACCUGCAGUCAACUUGUGCACUAGGUAGUAGAUAAAGCAGAUCGCGUUAAUCAUUUCGCCUGUUAGAUUAUUUUUCAUUAUUACGCUUACUGGUACUAGUUUCCCAAAACAGCUGUUUGAGCCAGUCACGUGUGUUUGUUUACAAAGAAGCACAACAAGCAAAAUGGGAGCUUUGCAAGGGUAGUGUCACUCCGGUAGGGCAACUUAAGUGAGGUGAUCAAGUUACACUUGUAUGAAAUUCACUACUAAUGUUUCCCAGCUAUAUAUCGUAUAACUAUUAAGUUAACUAUCAAAGAUUUGCCAAAUAAAUUCUCCCCAGUUGGGUUUUGCUAAUGUUAGCUAAGAGGCUAACGUUAGCUUGCCUGGUCAAGCUUCUUGGUAACAGCAGCAGAGACAAUCCCCUCCUGGAUUAAGAUCCCUGCUGUUUAAUAUUUAUUUUGUGCAAACUGCAAACUGCGUUUUGAGGUACUUUGAGAUACUGGGUUGUCUUGGUGGUAAAUGUUUCCAUGCACUUGUUAGCAUUUACUUAGCAUCCGCUAUGGGGAUUCCUUAGUACUUGUUAGCAUUCUGGUAAAUUACGUUUUUGGUGCUUUUUUACGCUUUGGGGAAAGAAAUAGCGCCCCUUGUGUGCACUAUCGGUAAUACAAUAUAUCCUGGGUUGGCACAGGCACGGUAUGGAAAUCUGGAUGCCACCCAACCCUAUUUGUGAUUGAAAUUUUUCUGUUGUCAUACCGUAUUUCCACGAGGAAGAGAGCUGUCAGCGCUGUUGUUUCCUGUUGGUAACUGUGUUGUUUGCUUUACUGUGUCUCCAGGAUGAUGCCCGCCAGCUUUUUGCCUUGGCCAGCUCUGCAGAGGAAGGGGUCAUGACCCCUGAACUGGCUGGGGUCAUCAAGAGGUUAUGGCAGGACAGAGGGGUUCAGAUCUGCUUCGGCAGGUCUAGAGAGUACCAGCUAAACGACUCCGCCUCAUAG